UUCACUUGGUCUCGCCCUCCCCGCCCCUAGAUCCUUCCAGAAGUCGCCGGCAGACCCGUGUGACUUGCAGCCAAGCCACGCUCUACUUUUUCCUCAUAAAAAUCAUAAUCUGUACUUUCCACGACUCCAUCGGGGUCUCAGUCCUUCAGCAACAUGUCGAGUUUAGGGACUCUGGCGUUUGAUGACUAUGGAAGGCCAUUUAUCAUCAUCAAGGACCAGGACAAGAAGACACGGCUCUCGGGCCUUGACGCGUUGAAGUCUCACAUCAUGGCAGCCAAGGCUGUGGCUUCCACCCUCAAGACGUCCCUUGGCCCCAACGGCCUUGACAAGAUGAUGGUCGACCGUGAUGGAGAAGUGACGGUGACCAACGACGGCGCCACCAUUCUCGGCAUGAUGGAUGUAGACCACCAGAUUGCCAAGCUCAUGGUUGAGCUAUCCAAGUCACAGGAUGAUGAGAUUGGUGAUGGAACAACUGGAGUUGUCGUGCUGGCUGGGGCUCUCCUUGAGCAGGCUGAGCUUCUCCUGGACCGGGGGAUCCACCCCAUUCGUAUCUCCGAUGGGUACGAUCAGGCGGCAGCCAUUGCAAUUAAGCAGCUGGACAAGAUUGGCGAGACCUUCCCCUUUGAUCCCAACAACAGAGAACCACUCAUCCAGACUGCCAUGACCACUCUGGGAUCCAAAGUGAUCAAUCGGUGCCACAGACAGAUGGCUGAGAUUGCAGUGAACGCUGUCCUCACCGUGGCCAGCAUGGACAGAAAGGAUGUAGACUUUGAGCUCAUUAAGAUGGAGGGCAAAGUGGGAGGCAAACUAGAGGACACGCAGCUCAUUAAGGGAGUCAUCAUGGACAAAGAGUUCAGCCACCCGCAGAUGCCAAAGGUUCUGAAAGACACAAAAAUCGCUAUCCUCACCUGCCCGUUUGAGCCCCCAAAGCCCAAGACCAAGCAUAAGUUGGAUGUGACCUCUGUCGAGGACUACAGAGCACUUCAGAAGUACGAGAAGGAAAAGUUCUUGGAGAUGAUCAAGCAGGUGAAGGAUAAUGGGGCCACCUUGGCUAUCUGUCAGUGGGGCUUUGAUGACGAGGCGAACCAUCUGCUACUGCAGAAUGAGCUGCCUGCAGUGCGCUGGGUCGGAGGGCCUGAGAUUGAGCUCAUUGCCAUCGCCACCGGAGGGCGUAUCGUUCCACGUUUCAGCGAGCUGACACCUGAGAAGCUGGGCGCGGCCGGUGUGGUGAAGGAGAUCUGCUUCGGUACCACCAAGGACCGCAUGCUGGUCAUCGAGGAGUGCAAGAACUCCCGGGCCGUGACCAUCUUCAUUCGCGGGGGCAACAAGAUGAUCAUCGAGGAAGCCAAGCGUGCACUCCACGAUGCUCUGUGCGUCAUCCGCAACUUGGUCAGAGACAACCGCAUCGUGUAUGGAGGUGGAGCAUCUGAGAUUGCAUGUGCCCUGGCCGUCAACAAGGCUGCAGAUAAGUGUCCGUCUCUGGAGCAGUAUGCCAUGAGGGCCUUCGCCGAUGCCCUCGAGGUCAUCCCUAUGGCCCUGGCAGAGAACAGUGGAAUGAACCCCAUCCAGACCAUGACAGAGGUCCGAGCCAAGCAGGUCUCCGAGAACAAGCCCCACCUUGGCAUCGACUGCAUGCACGCUAACACCAACGACAUGAAGCAGCAACACGUGAUUGAGACACUGAUUGGCAAGAAGCAGCAGAUCUCUCUGGCCACUCAGGUGGUUAAGAUGAUCUUGAAGAUCGACGACAUCCGAAGCCCAGGCGAGGUUGAAGAAUAAAGGCCAGGCCCAGGAGUGCGAGAAGACUUGGCAGGUUUCUAGAUCCCCCACCACCACUCCCCUGUUCUAAGAUGCUCUAGAACUGUCUCUGGCACUUCCCGAGCACUAUGUUCAAACCGUACUGCGUACCGCUAUUUAUCAUUUGAUAUGAAAUACUGUUGUCGCUCUGAAGUCACCAUUAAAGUUUGUUUCCAAAAUCUUA